AUGCCUGGCUCUUUAUCUCUUUUUUCCGUCAACGCCGUCAUUCUUAUGUCGGCCGACGAUGGCUCUCGCAUCUUCGCCAAGUACUACUCAGCACCUCAUCCCCCAGCCGGCACUGCUCCCAAUUCGACUGAUUACCCCGGCGCAAACCCCUAUCCGACCGUCAAAGAACAGAAGGCCUUUGAGAAAGGUCUCCUUGAGAAGACGAAUAAGCAGACGAGCGACGUGAUCCUGUAUGACAACCGAAUUGUGGUGUUCAAGAUGGAGAGCGAUGUGAUGGUCUAUGUGGUGGGAGGUGCCGACGAGAAUGAAGUCUUGCUUUACAACGUUGUUUUGUCAUUGAGGGAUGCUCUGGGGAUCUUAUUCAAGGGCGCCACCGACAAGCGCACAAUCGUUGAGAACUACGACCUGGUCGCUUUGGCUGUUGAUGAGAUUAUUGACGACGGAAUCAUUCUGGAGACAGACCCUGUCCUUAUCGCCUCUCGCGUGAGCCGUCCUCCUGCGCCCGAUGCGCCCAAUCUCAAGAGUAUCGAUCUCUCGGAACAAGGUCUCCUCAACGCCUGGGAGAUUGGAAAGCGGCGGUUGGCAGAGGGAUUGCGACAGAUGUAG